AUGUCAAAUAAUAAAAUAGACUCAACCACCACAAUAACAACAUCUUCAACAACCUUUUCUGAUCUCACAACAACAACAAAAUCUUCAACAGCUCCAAUUAAAUUAAUGGCAAAAUUUCAUUUAUUACCUCAAAAUGAAUAUGUUACAAUUCCGGAAGAUUUAUUUAUUUAUUCGGGAUUUCUUCGGGAAUACAAAAAGGGAAUGCUUAAUGACAAAUUUUGUAGAAAUGUUGAGGAGAAUUUGAUCAUUCCAUUGCCUCCAAUUGCGGGAAAACCGGUUUAUAAGCAUUAUAUUGAGAAGCUUUGCGAGUUUUUUACUUUGUAGGUAUUUUUUAAAUUUAAUUAUUUUUUUGGAAUGAUGCAGUAAUGACAAAGGCCGAAAUACCAAACUUCCGAAAGACCGGAAAUAGCAAGAUGUGGAUUGCCAACAACCUUCCAUGUGAUUGGAAAAUAUGUCAGGGGUGUGCCGUUUUUCUAACAGCUAAAAAAUAUUGAGAAUUUUUUGAGGAUUCUUGGGGUUGUGAUCUUUUGUCACUUUUGGAUUUUUGACUAUUUUUAUGGAUUUUUCACUAAAAAUUUGUCUCGGCACACCCUUGGUAUAUUUUUUAUUUUCCCACAGUUUGGUAUUUUGACAGCUUUUCGGGGUUUGAUAUCUCGGUGUUUGGUGUUACAACGCGCUUCCCUUUUUUGGAUUGAGAGCAGGAUAUCUCGAACA